AUGGCCGAACUCCUGCGCCAGUCGCGGCCUUGGCUGCUCUCCUCCAUACGCUCACGAGCGCCAUCUCCAAUUGUAUGCGGCCUUUAUCGCAGUAUAAGCACAACCCCCCUGCGUCCAUAUGCUGCGAGGAGGGGACCUUCAAGACCAAGGUCGAUGAAAUCCAUUAAGACGAGCGACGUUCAGCAGAUGGAGCCCAAUAUAACAAUGUUAAUACCCCAGACCCUCGUGGCCCCUCCUCUCUGGCGAUACCCGCGCCAGCCUAAGAAGUUCUUCCACAUGUUAUGGCUACAUAUCAAGGCCCGCUACGGAUCGCUCUGGGCCGUAAUAUCCAUGAAAGUCAUGUCGCAGCCGACCGUCCUAGUUAGCAGACCGCUCUUCAAGUUUCACCGGGCGGCCGCCAUCCCCACGGCCAAGGCCUUACACAUCCAGAUGUCUGAGGCCAUGGCCAUCGGCGACAAGGAGACCCUGCGCAGCAUCUGUACACCCGAGCUGUUCCAAACCCUGGCUGCCACCAUCGAUGCCCGCCCGCGCGGCAUUCGCGCCGAGUGGCAGCUCGUGCGCUACAGCAACACCUGGCUGUACCCCCGCGUCGCCGACUGGCGCGUCGGAUACCAGCCCCAACCGAACGGUGACAUGAAGAUGCUGAAGCAGAUCGUGGUUAGCAUUUCCAGCGUCCAGCGCAUCGCGCGGUAUGACGACACCAAGGGCGGCGUUAAAGUCCCUGGCAGCGAGCGCGUGCGCAAGAUGACGGAGCACCUUGUCCUGCAGGCCGAUAUGGAUAAGAAUACCUUCGAGGCCGAACCUUGGAAGAUCUGGGGCACACUACCUGAGACGACGUACGAGGAGUACUUGGCGGAGAUAGAGAACGUUAAUGCUAUUAUGGUGGACGAAGCGGGGAAGUAG